AUGUCCGACGAGGAGGAGUACUACGAGGAAGAUGGUGGUAAUGAUCAGGGAGGCGAAGAUUACAACGAUGACUAUGGAGGUGGCGGCGGCGGUGGCGGCGGUGGCUACGACGAUCAGAAUCAGUUUCAGGAGCAGGAUUACGGUAACGAGCAGAACUACGGUAAUCAGGAUUAUGGUCAAGGAUACGGUAAUCAACAGGAUUACGGUAACCAGCAGGAUUAUCAACAGCAGAACUAUGGCGGUGGUGGCUACGAUGACGAAUAUCAGCAGCAGGAUUAUCAAGGCGGCUACGACGACUCGGAGCAAUACGAGGAGCAAGAGGAGGCGGAGCCUGAGCCAGAAGAGCAAGAAGAUUAUUCGAAUGACGUGGAACAUUCUGAAGAAGAAGAGGAAGAAGAUGAUGAUGAUGAUGGAUACACUCAGGCGGCUGCAAAUACCAAUUAUGGAGAAAAUGAUGGAGGAAAUAAUGAGAAUCAUGGAAUGGGAUCCCUUAUUAAGGGCGCUAUGGACGGAUUCGGUGGCGGUGGUUUCGACGGUGUCGUCGGACAAAUCGGAUCCUUGAUCUCUCAAGGCGGCGGCGGCGACAGCAGCGGAGGACUCACCAACGUCUUCUCAUCCGGCGGAAUGGAAUCUAUCGUCGGAAAUCUAAUCUCAUCGGCAACUCAUCAAUUCUUCGGAAUCAAUCCGGCAACCGGAGCCAUCAUCGGAGCCAUCGCUGGAAACAUCAUCUUCCAGAUGGGCGGUCAGAAUAAUUCGUUGAGCAGUAUCGGAAAAGUGGUGCUCGAUAAUAUUAUUAGCGGGAAAUUCAAACGAGAUGUCCAACCGUUUACGCCGGGAGGUGGCGGUGGACCGGGAAUCGGGUUUCAGCAACAGUUUCAGACGAUUAAUUUCCAGCAGGAACGUCAGAGAUGUCUGGAUCAGCGGUGCUUGUUCGAGGAUCCGCAAUUUCCGGCCAACGACUCCUCGCUCUACUACAAAACCCGCCCGGACGAGCCGAUUAUCUGGAAACGGCCCGGAGAAAUCUACGAGAACCCUCAACUCAUCGUUGGCGAGAAAUCUCGAUUUGACGUAAAGCAGGGAGCACUUGGAGAUUGUUGGCUCCUGGCGGCAGUGGCCAAUUUGACACUCCGAGAUGAGCUCUUCUAUCGAGUAGUGCCACCUGAUCAGUCAUUCACGGAGAAUUACGCAGGAAUCUUUCAUUUUCAAUUCUGGAGAUAUGGACAAUGGGUUGAUGUAGUGAUUGAUGAUCGGCUGCCGACAGUUGAUGGGCGAUUGUGUUAUAUGAGAUCACAGGAGAAUAAUGAAUUCUGGAGUGCCCUGUUGGAGAAGGCCUAUGCUAAACUCUACGGAGGCUAUGAAAAUCUCGAUGGUGGUACCACUGCAGAAGCCCUCGAGGAUUUUACCGGCGGGCUCACCGAGUUCUUUGAUAUCUCGAAAGGAGAUAAAUCAACCACGCUGGCAAUGUUGGUUAGAGGAAUGCAAAUGGGAUCACUCUUCGGAUGUUCGAUUGAUGCUGAUGAGAAUGUGAAAGAGGCUCAGUUGACGAAUGGGCUUGUCAGAGGACAUGCUUAUAGUAUUACUGCUAUUCAGACAGUUAAUACCUAUGGGGGACAAGUUCCACUUCUUCGAAUCAGAAAUCCAUGGGGUAACUCGAAAGAAUGGAAUGGUGCAUGGAGUGAUGGAAGCUCGGAAUGGAGCCAAGUGGAUCCUCAACAACGGGAACAAAUGGGGGUCCAGUUUGCUAAAGACGGCGAAUUUUGGAUGUCUUUUGACGAUUUUAUGACCAAUUUCACGCAGAUGGAAUGCUGUAACUUGUCUGCCGAUGUUAUGGAUGAGAUUUCGGAGAUGACUGGUGUGGAGGUCCACGACAAGCAAAAGCACCAAUGGGUCGAAAAAUCGGAGGACGGAGAAUGGAAUUCCCGUCAAGGAACCGCCGGUGGAUGUCAGAAUAAUGAUACCUAUUGUAAUAAUCCCCAAUAUGGUACAUACUUCCAAGUACCCAUGGAUUCUGUUGAGCACGACGGGAAGUGUACUGUAAUUGGAGCAGUGCUCCAGAAAUAUCGUCGAGAGCUCCGGACUAAGGGACUUGACAAUUUGCCAAUUGGAUUUUCAGUCUAUAAAGCUGAUGGCUCGGGACAGGCGAUCCAUGACGUCAGCGGGCAGAAGCCGAUAGCUCGUACAAAAGUCUUUAUUAACAUGCGAGAGGUUACUGUACGCUUCCGGGUCCCGCCUGGACAAUACGUCAUCGUUCCGUGCACAUUUGAUGCUCAUGAUGACGCCUCGUUCUUGUUGAGAAUCUUUUCCAAUGCGGAAUUCCAGACGACCCGUCUUCGCUAAUUCGUCCUCCCGACUACACUCUUCUCAAAUAUCAUUCCAUGCAUAAUGUGAUUUUCUGAAAUUAUACCGUUUUUUUGUGAGAUUAAUAUCGAUUUUUUUUGUAAGAAUUUAUUGGAAUGUGUAAAAAAUGUGAUGUUCUGGAAUAAAUAUUGGUGAAUUGGU